AUGAGCCAGGCGAAGUUGGAAAGCAGUGACAGCAGUGCCAAAAGCCCCAUUCCCUAUCGUUCCUCCGUGACCUGCAGCGUGGGAAAUCGUAUGGUUCAGACCUGGGUGCGGAGGAUAUGGCGCGGUAACGUGGAAACACGAAAACUCCCGGGAGCCGCAGUCGCCGCGGGGCGGCCUGGGAAAGUCAGCAGCGCAGUGGCGGCCCUGGGGCCUCCCAGGGCUCACUGGUCACCCAGACCUGCUCACCUGUGCAACAGAACAAAGGGCCUGGAAGGAGAGGAGACAGCAGCUAAGGAUGCAGGUUGGAUUACUGGCAGGGAAGCAAGCCCUCUAUUCAUUGUUUCUGAAAGAGAAACUCAAGGAAGAGGAACAAUAAGAAUGGUUGAUUCUCCAGUAAACAUGUCACAGGGUCUGUUGACAUUCGGGGAUGUAGCUGUGGACUUCCCCCAGGAGGAGUGGGAGUACCUGGACUCUGCCCAGAGAGCUUUGUAUAUUGAUGUAAUGUUGGAAAAUUAUAACAACCUGGUCUCUGUGGAGAACUAUUGCAAAUGUGAUCCUGCUCGUCAACAUAUGAAUACAAAAAAGAAGUCAUGUCAGUCUAAUGAGCUUAGCAAAGUCCUUCAUGACUCUUCUACAUGUGCACUUAAAAAUAUAAGUGAAACUACACAAAACUCUAAUAACUGCAGAUGCAGUAAUCACAGAGAUGCCUCUACUGACUCAUCAAAUGUAGAUAGACAUGAAAGCAUGGCCACUGGUGAAGAACCUCGCAAAUCUAGAGACUGUGAGAAAUCUUUAAAUUCAUGUUCCAGCAUUACUCAAGAUCAGAGACUCUACACUGCAAAGAAAGACAACAGGCAGGAAGAAUAUGAUGAUCAUUUCAGCUCUGCAUACAGUCUUUUGCAACAACCAAUCUACAUUGGAGAGACACCCCACCAAUGUGCAAAAUGCAGGAAAUGCUUCAGUACUGCCUCAUGCCUCACAGUACAUGAGAGAAUUCAUACUGGAAUUAAACCCUACAAGUGCAAUGUUUGUGAAAAGUCCUUCACCCAGUGGUCAAGUCUUAAAACACAUCAAAGACUACAUACUGGGGAGAAACCUUACAAAUGCAAAGAAUGUGGAAAGUCAUUUCCUCAGUUAUCAGCAUUUAAUAGCCAUCAGAAAAGGCACACUGGAGAGAAACCUUACAAAUGCAAGGAAUGUGACAGAUCCUUUGCCCACUAUUCCAAUUUCAGGAGACAUCAGAAAAUGCAUACUGCUGGGAGACACUAUAGUUGUCAAGAAUGUGGCAAAGUCUUUCAUCAGUUUUCACAUUUUAAAAGCCAUUACAGACUCCACACUGGAGAGAAGCUUUACAAAUGCAAUAGCUGUGACAGAUCCUUUCCCCACUAUUCAUCAUUGAGUAGGCAUAGGAAAACUCAUUCUCUAGAGAAGUUUCACAAAUGCAAAGACUGUGGUAAGUCCUUUUUUGAAUUAUCACACCUUAAGAGGCAUUACAGAAUCCAUGCUGGUGAAAGGCCUUACAAAUGUGAGGUGUGCGACAAGUCCUUUACUUUGAACUCAACUCUUAGAACACAUCAGAAAAUUCAUACUGGGGAGAAACCUUACAAAUGUAUGGAAUGUGACAAGUCCUUUACCAAACAUUCAGAUCUUAGAAGACAUCAGAGUGUUCACACUGGAGAGAAACUUUACAGAUGUGAGGAAUGUGAUAAGUCUUAUACUAGCUGCUCAUAUCUUAGAGCACAUCAAAAAAUUCAUACUGGAGAGAAACUUCACAAAUGCAAAGACUGUGGCAUAUCCUAUAUCCAUAUUGCAAGUCUUAGAAGACAUCAGAGAGUUCAUACUGGAGAAAGACCUUACAGUUGUAAGGAAUGUGACAAAUCCUUUACCAGUUGCUCAAAUCUUAGAAGACAUCAGAGUGUUCACACUGGGGAGAAACCAUACAAAUGUAUGGAAUGUGAAAAAUCCUUUACUCAGGACUCACAUCUUAGAACACAUCAGAGAGUUCAUACUGGAGAGAGACCUUACAGUUGUCAGGAAUGUGACAAGUCUUUUUCUCACUCUUCUGGUUUAAGGAGACAUCAGAAAAUCCAUAAUGGAGAAAAACCACACAAAUCCAAAGACUGACAUAUUCUUUAAACAGAAUUUGAAUCUUAGGAGACAUUAGAAAAUUCAUACUGGAAAUUCAUACUGGAGAGAAACACACCAUUGUAAAUAAUGUGACCUACAUUUUCUGGUAUUUUUACUUAAAAAUCACAACAGAAUAAAAAUUAGAAACAAAGAUAAGAAAAUUGUGAAAGUCUUUUUUCUUAUUUUUAGUCUUAUAGUACAGAAAUUGGAAGUUUAUUUUCUAUAAUGUACCUUUUUCAUAAUAAUAUCUUUCGUCUUCAUAGAAUAUGUACCACAUGAUCCCAUUCCAUUUGAAUGUAGACAGUGUUAGUAUAAAGUUAACAUCAAUCAUUUUUUCAUAAUAAAAUAAUUCUUUAGCCUGGCAUGGUAGUCUGUGCAGGUACAUAAUGGUAGCACUUGGAAGGUAGAAGCAGGAAGAUCAGGAGUUCAAGGCCAGCCUUAGCUAUGUAGUAAGUUCUCAGUCAGUCUGAACUGUAUGACAUACUUUUUCAAGAAGAUGAUUUUUUUGACUGUUUUAUCUAUCUGCCUGACUGCCUGCCAGUAUCUGUCUGUCUGUAUUGUGAUUAUAUGCACCAAUAAUUAUUCUCUUAUUUCCCUUCUUCUCCCCUUGAAUGGCAUUUCUUUUCUUUUUUUUUGACUUUUACUGAUUAUUUAUUAUAAUAUAAAAUAAAUAUUUUUAUUGUUUUUAUUGAGCUUUAUAUUUUUCUCCACUCCCUUCCCUACCUCUCCCUCUCAUUCUGCCAUCUCCUGUGAUCCCCAUGGUCCCAAUUUACUCAGGAGAUCUUGUCUUUUUCUACUUCACAUGUAUAUUAGAUCCAUGUAUGUCUCUUUUAGGGUCUUCUUGUUGUAUAGUUUCUCUGUGGUUGUGAUAUGUAGGCUGCUUUUUCUUUGCUGUAUGUCUAAAAGCCACUUAUGAGUGAAUACAUAUUAUAUUUGUCUUUCUGGAUCUUGGUUACCUCACUCAAUAUGGUGUUUUCUAGAUCCAUCCAUUUGCUUGCAGAUUUCAAGAUGUCAUUUUUUUCUGCUGUAUAGUACUCCAUUUUGUAAAGGUACCACAUUUUCUUUAUCCAUUCUUUGGUCAAGGGGGCAUUUCAGUUGUUUCCAGUUUCUGGCUAUUACAAAUAAUGCUGCUAUGAACAUAGCUGAGCACAUGUCCUUGUGGUAUGAUUGAACAUCCUUUGGCUCAGACCUGCUCCUUCUGAGGUCACUUACUUAUACCUUGUGAAUGUUUUUAAUGAAGGUUUAAGUAU